UUUUUCCACCACAGCCAGGAGGCCACUAUUAAUGGGAACCCCCAGGAAAUGCUUCUUGGCCCUGUCCUGGGUGAAUCUUAAAGACUGUAGAGUCUAGAGGUUAUUCCUUAGGCCGUGACCAUCCCACCAUGCAUAGUAAGCGAUUCUGGGAGAUGUAGUUCUCCUGCCUAGGUUGCCUGCCUUUGUCUAAGUACUUGAGGCCCAGAAAAAAAAAGUCACUUGCCCUGGACCUAAGUAAUAGUUCUCAGGGGUAGCUAGACCCAGAAUGGGGUUAGGAUACAGUCUUGCCCCUUAGGCAAAGCCUGUGUCAGCUCUGGUGCGGAGUGUGCACCGUGGCGCGGGUCUGGUAGAGGAGCAUAUCCCCUCAGCUUCCGAAGAACGAAGAACGGCAGACCCCACCCUGGCCAUCCCCUGAGGCGGAGGUUCUGGUGGCGCGGGUGGUGGGCGGGCAGGCUCUAGUCUAGGAACACAGGGGCUGGGCUAGUGGGGAAGCCCCAGGCUGCUCCACCAGAGCAGCGCCCGGGCCCUGCGGGUGCUGGAGCCAUGGAGCCAAGGCCGCGGGGCUGUGUGGUGGAGGUGAGUGGGGUCGCUGGAGGCCAGGAAACAGUCUGGAACUGCAGCCUUGGUGCUAAGCCUUGCAGGGAGUGGGGGUGGUGUGCGCUCAACUCCGACCUCCCUGAGGGCUGGGUUGCCUCCAGCGACGACCUAGUUAGAGGCUCGGGCGCGCCCUUCCGCUGAGAGGAAGCACAGGCUCCCGGGGAAAGAGGGGUCUGGGGGCCUCCACCUCUCAGAAGUCAUGGCUGGGGCCAAGGUGGCCCCAUCUCGCUGGGUGGAGGGGAAAUGGGCAGAGGGCUGGCAAGGGGCCUUUCUCUUCUGUUCAUAAACUGGGUCUGUAGACAGGGAGAAGGAAACUGGUCCCACUCCCAGAACCCAUGGGCACCCAGGAGCCUGAGCAAUAAAUCAGUCAGGCAAAUGCUCGGGCCUCAGGAAUGGAGGGGGAGCCUGGGAGGUCGCCUUCUGGGGCAGCUACGCCGGGUUCAGCAGCACAUGCUCCCCAGGCUCUGUUUCUACUGCUGCUGCUGCUGCUUGGUGGCCAGGGCCAGGGCAGCAUUCCUGGCAGGUGUGACUGUGCCGGUGAUUCACAGAAGAGGUAUGGGCCGUUUUGUUGCAGGGGCUGCCCAAUGGGACACUACAUGACGGCCCGCUGCGCGGAGCCCUGUGGCGACAACGCCUGCCUUCCCUGCCCUCCUGGCACCUUCUUGGCCAGGGAAAACCACUCUAAGACUGACUGUACCCGCUGCCAAGUCUGUGAUGAAGAGGCCUUUCAAGUGACCCUGGCGAACUGUUCAGCGGUAUCAGACACCCACUGUGGCUGCCAGGCAGGCUGGUUUCCUGACUGCUCCACAGAGCCAUGUGGGGACACUUCACCUUUCUCUUGCAUCCCAUGCUCAGACUGUGAGACUACACCAUCCCGGUCCUGUCCGUCCGGCUUCUAUGAACAUGGCAAUGGCUGCGUGUCCUGUCCCACGAGCUUCAGCAGCCCUUGUCCUGAGGCUUGCACUGCGGUCUGUGGCUGGAAGCACAUAUUUUGGGUCCAGGUGCUUCUAGGGGCCUUCUUUCUUGGGGCCACCCUGAUCUGUGCAUAUUGUCGAUGGCAGCCUUGUAAGCCUGUGGUUCCCGCAGACACGGCUGAGACGGAGACCCUGACCUUACCACAGACUCAUCACUCAGCCUCAGACAGCGCCCACACCCUCCUGACACCGGCGGACAGUGCCGAGAAAGUCUGCACCACCAUCCAGUUGGUGGGCAACAGCUGGGCCAGUGGUUCCUCCCCGACCCAGGAGGUGGCCUGCCACCAGGCCUCGCAGUCCUGGGAUCUGCCGUCAAACACAACUCCUGGCCCUCCUCUGGCACCGCCGCUCUCGCCAGCGCUCCCCGCAGGCUCGCCGGCUGCCCUGCUACAGCCCGGCCCCCAGCUCUACUACGUGAUGGAUGCGGUCCCAGCCCGACGGUGGAAGGAGUUCGUGCGCACGCUGGGGCUGCGGGAGGCGGAAAUUGAGGCGGUGGAAGUGGAGAUCUGCCGCUUCCGGGACCAGCAGUAUGAGAUGCUGAAGCGCUGGCGCCAGCAGCAGCCUGCAGGCCUGGGUGCCAUCUAUGCCGCCCUGGAGCGCAUGGGGCUGGAAGGCUGUGCUGAGGACCUGCGGAGCCGCCUGCAGCGCGGCCCGUGAGUGAGGCCCACAGAACCACCGUGACAUCCCAGUGACCCUUGAAGGAGCCUUAAGUAUUGUUACUUAUGCGUGUAGACAUUUUAUGUCACUUACUAGGCCCCCAUCCCCGCCCCGGCACGGUCCUGCGUAGCAGGGCCGGCCGCCUCAUCCCUGCUUACCUGCAGCUCCGAGCUCCAGCUACGGGAAGCAUUAUGAGAAACACCGGAAGGGACCAAGUGAAUGGUCGCUCAGCUCUUAAUUAGCCUGAGCUUGGACUUGGUAUUAAAUACCUUAAG